AUGUAUGCAGGCAAACAAAAGAGUUACAGUUACAAAGGCAGCCCAAACUGCUGGAAAUUGGAUUCCACAAUGCAGUGGUUCUGCUGGCAUGGGUCAGCAAAGAUGAGCCUGGGAUUUCUGUAUCUCUUUCUGGUGUACAACACAGCUUCAUGCAUGAGAAGAGAACAUAAGAAAGAGAAGCAAGUGGCAGUGCUGGCUACUGCAGAGCUCUCUGCAAAGUCAGUGGAUCUGGCUGCCCUGAACCUGACAGAGCUGGUGAACAACAUGCUGGACACUGCCCUCCGAGGUACCAAAAAACUCUUCUCCUUGCUGAGUGUCACAUCCUACAGCUCAUUUGCCUUCCACAAAGUGUCAGUCACUAUUUACAACAUUUCUAAUGUGAAAAAUGUUGACCCUGGCAAGUUCCCUAUGCAUUACUGCUAUUGUUUGAGCAAUGUAACAAAUGACUUGACAGAUUUUACAGCUUUACUUGUUGAUAUUAUUGGGAACACCAGCAGUUACCUGACAGAAAUUUUCAAAUCCACUUCUAUUCUCUCAGUGCAUCAGAGCAAUGAUUCAGAUUGUAUCUACAUCUGUGUGAUGACAGGUCAGACAGAUAAAUGGAGAAAUUUGUCUGACUUUUGGGAAACUGUGGAGAACUCACCUAGUAUUAAUUACACAUUUUCCAGUAACACAUCUUCAGAUCUGGAUUCAGCUUUUUCAGGUUUCACUAAAUUACAGGAAGACCAAAACAGAACAGUGGAUCCAUCAGCAGAACUUGGGUGGAGAUUUAAAACUACCAGGAGCCCUCUUGCCCUGAAAGGAGAGGAAAUCCCCAUUACAAGGUUCCCACCAUGGCCAAAGACAUCUGGAGCAAAAGGAUCAGGUUUUCCAUCACCCAAUGUGGAUGCUCCUAGACCACGAGGGACAGAUGGAGCUCCUCCAGCUGCUGGUGGGAAGUGGGCCCCAUGGCCAGCACUUCAGCCCAGCCCUGCUGACACAGCUGCAAUUUGGAUGCAGACAGCAUCUCCUCAAGAAACCAAGAAACUGAUGCAAACAGAACCAGAUUUGCCUUCCUCAGUGAUGUCCACACCACCCUACAGGCCUGAGGUGACAAUGAAAUUUUAUUCAGCUACCAGGUGUCCACAGGCAGUCCUCAAAGAGACCCCUGUGACCUCGCCACCCAUCACACUUCUGGUGCAGAAGAUCAACCCCUGUGUGAUGGAGCUCUGUAGGUUUUUUCAGCUGUGCCUCUGUGUUGGUCAGAGAAGACAUUCUCGGAAGGAAGCCAUGAGGUACUGUGUUGAAUACUACUCCUGGUUCUUGAAAAAUGCAAAUUAUGUCUGUGAAAGAGUCAAAAGAGUUGCUUACUCCCACACAUUAAAACAAAAAUGCCUUAAAAACAUCUGCACUUUCGUCUAG